AUGCCAUCAUUAGCUUCGGAUAUAUUUUCUUCGAAAUAUCGACGUCGUUUUACCAAUGAUACAUUAUUUCAAUUGAUAACUCAAGAAAAUAAUAUGGAUGAUGAAACUAGGUCAUCUUCGUUAAACGUAAAUGAACAAACGAAUGCAUAUGCUAAUGAAAACAGUACCGAUGAGAAUCUGGUAGACAAUGAUCUUCGUCAUUUGUGGUAUCUUCUGUCUCAAAUGAUACGAAAACGACUUCUUAAACUUGAACCUUGCCUAUUGCCUGAACUUGGUGCUUUUGUUGUUAUUGAUCACUCAUCAGCUGAUAAUCAAAAUAUACGCAGACAAGAACCAUUUUUUGUCUUAGACACAACAUUUGCUCGUCGUCAUCGUUUAUCACGUAUCAAAAAACCAAAUCUUUCAUCCGCUCUCUCACUUUCACUAGAAGCUAAUGGACAUUCGACGCAUAUUGAACCAAACACAACAUUAUCAUCAUUUAAUAUGCAAACAUUAGAUUAUGUUUUAUUACAAAAUGAAUCUGGCUUGACACGAGAACAAUUAAUGAUAGGCAUAUCACAAUUAUUUGGUAUUAUUGAUAAAGAGAUACAUCCUCAUGAAUAUUGCGAUUUAGAAUUUCCUCAGUUGGGAAAUUUUAGAAUUUCAUUUGGAUUAGCUAUAUUUGAUUUUAGUGAUGCAUUUCUAGAUGAAUUUAAACUAACACUCGAUGCUAUUUCAACAUUAAAUAAUAAAUAA